GCGGAGACAAGCAAUCAUUCUGGUGACGCAGUGACCCCAGCGGCUUCACUGCUGCGUAGCAUGUAUGCAAGGGAGGAGGAAGGUACAGCAAAUGAUGUGGACGAUCGAGACACCCGCUGCCAUUUUGACUGGCCCUUAUCAGCUGAGGCACAAUGUAUGUAAAAAUAUUCGAGUUUCAACAUAAUUCACUAUAACAAAGAAUUGGUGAGGCACUUAUAUACAUUUUUGCCAGCAUACUCUUGAAAACCUGUGAAAGCCGUUGUUAGAUAAAACUGCCUUCACUUAUUUUGCACAGCAGUGUUCCUGAGCAUGUGGACAGCGUGAUAAUCUGCCACAUCUUCUGCAUUGUUCUUAUCAUCUAUAUAGCUUACCGCAUAACACUGUUUUGUAUUCGCUGUUGUUGAUUGAGCAUAUGCAGCCAUACCAUCUCAUAACACUGAAUGGAUAUAUUUAAUGAAUAAAUGUCCUCGCUCUCUGUUGUGAUAACUUCCCCAGACACCAGUGGCAACCGCUAGAAUGGUGAAUAUUUUUUCCUACGUUGUUUAAUUAAUACUUCAGCAAUCCGACUGGUGCAGGUGUUUUGUUGCUUCGUGUCACCCUGCUUAAUGCAAUGAGCCACUAAAGGUUUACUUGAAAUUAUGUCAUUACUUUGAAGAAUCACAUGUGUGCCCAUAAUGGGGUCAAUUUUUCUAGCUCCCAACAUGAGCGCAGCUGGCAUGGCUGAUGAGCGGACCCACACGCCAGCAACAACUGUUGAUGGGCCCUCAACAGAAGUUCGUGGCAGCCAUACACCAUCACCAGAGCCUCAGCUAACACCUGGCACGGCCAAUCAGGCAAGCCACACGCCAGCAACAAGUGCGGAUGGGCCUUCCCAAGCCACUCAUAACCGCACACCAUUGCGAGAGCUUUCAACAAAUGUGCCACAGCCACUGCCUAGAGGCAGUGCACGAGCACAACUGGCUUCAUCAGCAGAACAGACCCCUCGACGACGCACACCACUAAGAGCAGGGAGAAGCCAAAAUGAGGCAACACUGGCGUUUUUGGAGGCCAGGUAUAAUCAAGACUUGGAAAUGCGCCUCCUCAGCUACCAGAUUGACAAAAGAAAGCUGGACCUCAAAAUUCGCCAGCACGACGACAAGAUGAAGCUGCUACACCAGCAGCAUGCCGACAACGUCAGAUUAAGAGAAGCUGAAAUGGAAAUGAGAAGAAUGGAAAUGGCGGCAGUGCUUGAAGAGAGGCGGGCUAACGCAGCUUACCAAGCAUCUCAACUUCAGUUGAUCAAAGAACUCGUUCAGGGAAAAAAAGAAUAAACUAUAAUAUCAAUAGUUUGAUUUCUAAAAACGAGUCAGUAUGCAUUUUUUUAAAGUUGCUAUGUAUUGAAGAAGUCCCUCCAACGACACUUCCAAAACCUGCAACCAAUAGAAGUCACUGUCAGGGACAGAAAGUGGUUACGACUACCUUAUGUUAAUAUGAUAUGUGUAGUUUAACGUCCGAAAACCACCACAUGAUUAUGAGAGACGCUGUAGUACAAGGCUCUAAAAAUUUCGAUCACCUGCGGUUCUUUAAAGUGCACCCAUAUCUCGACACGGGCCUACAGCAUUUUCGUCUUCAUCGAAAGUGCAGCCCCUGCAGCCAGGAUUCGAUCCGCGACCUGCGGGGCAGCAGCUGAGUACCUUAGCCACUAGACCACCACGGCAGGGUACGACUACCUUAUGUAUAUUGUGUGUCAUGUCUCCUAUCUUUCUCUGAGCUCCAGAAAUAUUAUAAUACAUUGUGCACUAUAAUUCAUGAAUUGUUGGUGCUGCUGUGUGUAAUGGUAUGCGUUCAAGCUAUUUCAUGUUGUCACAGGAAUCGUCAUUAGUAAAGUUGCAACGUGCACCUCUGAAACUCUCUCUUUGGUAGCCAUACAAACUAAAACAAACACAAUAGCUCUAGGUCUGUUCGAUUUACCUGCACCACUUGAAAUCGGUUCACGACUGUGCAUGCAAAGUUCAGAAAUUGUGCAGUGCGAGUUCAGCAGUGCUGGCACAGCGCAACACCGGAAACGAAUGACGAGGU